AUUCAGACAUGGGAUGCUUUUGAUAAAAAAAAAUAAAUAAAGAGGAGUUCAUUUUCAACAAGGAGAAAAAUAAUUUCCAAAUUGAAUUAACAUGGAUAAUGUGGAACAAUUUACAGUUUGCUCAUAUGAAAUUUUUAUAUAAAAAUGUAUAUCAUCCUAUCUGCAUUAAAGUUUUGCAGAAUUACCUGCAAAUGAAAAAGAACAAUGUGAUGAGAAAAGAUGAGAGAACCACAUUGUUCUUUAUACACAAAGCUGUAGUGUGUCUUGGUGUGACAGUAAAACUGUGUAUUUUUCUAUAUCCUUCUCUUUAGUGAAUCCCAGAGUCAGACUCAUGAGGAAGACACUCUCAGACUCUCAUGGGCUUCAGAUCAGCUGUCUGGCCACUGGUUUUUACCCCCGUCACAUUAACCUGACCCUGUUCAGAGAUGGUCAGCCUGUGGAUGAUGAUCAGAUCACAGGAGGAGAGAUUCUGCCCAACGGAGACGGAACGUACCAGAUGAGGAAGAGUUUGGUGAUCAGUGAAGAAGAGCUACGUGAGGAACAUAAAUACAACUGCACAAUGAAGCACCUCAGUCUGGACAACAAACUGGACUUUACAUUUGAUGUGGCUGAAUAUGAGCCAGGAUCAUCUACGGCACAGUCUGUAGUCUUCAGUGUGCUGGUGUUCAUGUGUUUGGCUGUUCUCAUCAUCCUGCUCUCAUCAUAUGGAAGAAGAUACAAGCUGCUGGUAAAUAAUCUGUUCAAUCCAGUUCAUUACAUCUAA